CUCAGUGUUGCCACAAAGAACUUUGAACUUGAAAACUAGUUAUUCUGAUGUCUAUGCUAGAUGCAAAUAUAUUGAAAUGAAUUACAACGACUUGUCACAUCUGACGCUUUAAGUCCCAACUCAAUCUGUAAAUGUGCGGCAGUAGCUCUUGAUCAGUUCUAAUAUGGCUGCAGCUACGGAGAUAAACCCCGAUGGGCCUGCGUCGACUGGAGCAACAGAAUUGUGGCAUCGCAAAAAAAAGAUCGAGACCCUGGAUGGCACUAAUUAAGAAUAAGAAUAAGACACAUGAACCAUAUUCUUCUAUUGGGACUCUUAUAACGGAUCCAGCGGCCAAUUUCUGUAGCGCAGUGUCAUCCAAACUAUUUUUGCGCGCCAGCGCCUUGGCGGGCUCAGCUGCUGCCGGCUGCUGCUCCUACGGCAGUGGCUGCUCCAGCGAUUUAUUGAAGCUGUCAAAGGAGCCGGAGUUGGCGAUGGUCUUGCGCUUGAACUUGGAAAUCCGUAGAGAGAAGAGAAGAAGGCAAACAGUUUGAAUUAGUCUUGCCAUGACACAGGGGUUCGUAACGCAAGCAGAGGCUGUAAUGGAGAGGGCGGUAGAUGAUCGAAGCGGACGUUGCUCGGGUCAAGCACCAGCAACAUUCUCAAAGCACUAGCAACCAGAGCAACUGCAUCGACAAAUGCCAUCAACGUUCCAACACAUGCAAGCAGAGAUACAGUGGAGAGUCGGGUAAAACAUUAAUUCUUGAUAAGCCAGUGUGUUGAAAAUAUGUCAAAAGCUUUAUAAGGCCCAAUCGUUGGAGAUUUUUAGCCAGUCAAAUUUGGGCAACCACUCGCAAUGAACAUAAUCCGUGCCUUUGCUCUCGCUCUUUGUUUGGCGUCAGCUUUUCUGCCUUCAAUAGCCGAUGACACGUAUGAUGCUUGUACGAGAUCCGAUGGACUUUCUGGACAUUGUAAGCCAUAUAGAAAUUGUCCUAAGAUUUUAGAAAUUAGACGGCACAAACCACUUUCGACUGUUGAACUAAACUACUUAAUGAAUUCAAAAUGUCCACCUAUAAGGGGUUAUGUCUGCUGCGAAGAAGAGGAGAGUGCGGGUAUGGCACUAUUGAAGGAACAGGAUUGUGGAUACUUUGGUGGAACAUUAAAGACAAUCGGCGGAACCGAAGUUAAUUUAAUGUCAAGACCUUGGAUGGCUCUACUUAAGUUUAAAAUUAACGGGGCUGAAGAAUUUAAAUGUGGUGGCACUCUAAUAACUAAACGCUUUGUACUAACCGCCGCGCAUUGUGUUGUUGGUCGAGACCUAUCAAAUGUGCGUUUGGGGGAACACAAAAUAUCCAAUGCAACAGACUGCGCUUGGGUAAAAUCAAGAUAUAUAUGCGCGCCCCCAGUUGAGGAUAUAUCGAUUGAAAGGAUCAUUGUGCACGAGGAUUACUCGCGAGAAUCUGUACACAAUGACAUAGCAUUGGUUAAGCUAUCCAGGGACGUAGAGUUCAAACAACAUAUUAGGCCUAUCUGCUUGCCUGUGAAUGCAACACUCCAACAACAACCAGAAGAAAUGGAAGAGUUCCAAGUAACUGGUUGGGGCAAAACUGAAAAUGUAUUCAUGUCCGAUAAUAUCAUGGAGAGCAAAAUCCCUAGGAUUCCUCGCGAAGAGUGCACAAGGUCCUUACAAAGGGAUAUAAGAAAAUCCCAACUGUGCGCUGGUAACCUUGGUAAGGACUCCUGCAAAGGCGAUUCUGGUGGUCCUUUAUUAUAUUUGAGCGAAUAUAACGAGAACCAAAGGUACGUGCAGUUCGGUAUAGUUAGCUACGGUUCGCGUAUUUGUGGUGAUGGGUAUCCUGCGGUGUAUACAAAUGUUGGCAGCUAUAUGCGCUGGAUAGCCGAUAAAAUAAUCGCCAAUUAGUUGACGGUUUUAUGUGGAUAUCGAAUAUAUAAAUAUGCAAAUAAAUAUAUAAACGCCUA